AUGGGACCACCAAGAUCAGGUGCUUCAAAGAAACCCACAUCAUCAAAGAAUGCACCAGGUCGCGAUAGCCGAAAAGAAAAGAAACGGCCGCAGCAGAGCAAACAGGAAACAGCAACGCCGCGACAUGACCAAACUGGUCAGGAUGGGAAGCAGAUCGAUCUCUGCGCCACCAUCCCACUGACUCUCCAGCAACUGCUGCUGAACGUAUUCAAGACAGCUUUGCUUACAAGUGAUGGGCCGCAUGACUAUGGCUAUGACCAUGAGUGUGAAAGUGAACAUAGAACACAAACGCCUAGGGCAGACACCGACAGCGAACCUGAAGCUCGGACGGCCGCCCCCGCGGGCAAAGAUGAAAUAGAUAUCAAGUCUUUGGUCCAGACCAUCAAGUCCCAUUUGUAUAAUCGGGAUUUUGAAUCGGCGUUUGCUGAUGCCAAUGAGGACCUCCUGCGCGCUUAUGCGCUGCGCUGGAGUGCGUCCCGCGCGCUGGGGUACGCGGGGAUCUUCAAGUCUGUGUUGCGGAUGUUGUUAGAUGGAGGUGAUGGAGCUCAGGUCCAGGUGAAGGCGAAGGAGAAGCAGAUGAACCAUAUCGUCUGUAUUGGCGGCGGAGCCGGCGCAGAGAUCAUGGCGCUGGCGACUGCCUGGAGGGAUAUGAUGGACGAGAACGCGCUCUCGGAUAGUGUUGGUACGGUUACGUUGGAGGACGAAAGCGGUGGCCAGAGUCAGAAUCAAAACCAAGAUACAGCGGUAGCUGUGACCUCGUUUCCGCGGCCAGGGCUGACUGUUACGGCUGUGGAUAUCGCCGACUGGUCAAGUGUCGUGGACCGGUUGGCGCGGACAAUCCGGUCUCCCGCUGUUCCGGGCACAAAAUCUCAUCCUGCCCCAUUACAGUCGGAAGGGGCAGAUAGCUUUGUCGUCAGGUUUGAACGAGCGGAUGUGCUCUCGCUUGCUGAGGAGAGGUUAAGGAAGAUAGUGCAUUUAGACGACGCGGCGGCGUCGGCCCGCACGGUCCUGGUUACGCUCAUGUUCACCCUUAAUGAGCUCUUCUCGACGUCUAUGGCCAAGACGACGGAGUUCUUGCUCCGCGCGACGGAUCAGUUGACAGCGGGGACUGUCUUUCUAGUUGUCGAUAGCCCCGGUAGCUAUUCGACCCUGAAAUUGGGGAGGUCAGCGAAGAAGGUCGCGGAGGAGGGUGGCGCCUCGGAGGCGCCGCAGGAGAGACGGUAUCCGAUGAAGUUUCUACUAGAUCAUACGCUAUUGUCGGUUGCCGCGGGGAAGUGGGAGAAGAUAUAUGAGCAGGACUCACGCUGGUGGAGAAGGGAUGCGGCCAGGCUGCGGUAUUACGUUGGUGAAGGAGCGGGGUUGGAGGAUAUGCGAUUCCAGAUUCAUGUGUAUCGCAGGUUGGCUGAUUAG